AUUUCACAAUCAGUUUUGAUUUAUCAGUUGAAAAUUGCACAUUGUAAUAUAUAAUUUAGAGCAAUUAUAAAGAAAAAUAUUGUAGACAAGAAAUUUAAAAAAAAAUGAGAAUUAUUGUAGUCGUUGCACUUUUAAUGUGCAUUUUAUUAAUUCUAUCUGAAAAUAUUGAUGCAAAGAAAAAAGGAAAUAAUAAAAAGAAAUAUAUCAAUAAUGAAGAUUCAAGAGAUAGUAAUAUUGAUGUUUAUAAAAAGAGUAAAAAUAAACAGUCCACACCUAGAAAGGUAAGUCGACGUUCCAGAUCAGUUGAUGAAAUUGAUGAUCCAUCAUCAUGUCAAGAAAAAAAUUUUCAAUACAAUGACAUUGAUGAAUCUUCAUGUUCCAAAGUUUCAAAAAAAAAUAAACAAAAAAAAACUGACACAACAAAAGACGAUAAAAAAUUGAAAAAUAAAAAAAUUAAAUAUUCUCUUAAUGAUGAAAAUUUAAUUGAUGAAAAUAUGAAUAAAAAAAAAAAUGAAAAACUUGUAAGAAGAGAAAAAAUUAAGAUACAAGAAAUUGAUGAUAUUGAGGAAGAUCCAACAGAUGAUCCAUUAGAGGACAUUGAAAAUAUUGAUGAAGAAAAUUUGGAAACUUGCAACUUGGAAACAACUAAUGAAGAUGAAAAUGAAUAAUUAAAAAAAUAUAUUAACAUGAAAAUAUUGACACAAAUAAGAGUGUCAAUAAAUAUUGCACAGUAAACAUUCAAACAAUCUCACAAAGAUAAAUAUUUUAUCAAGAUUUAUUAUAUAUAUUUUUUUAUUCUUUUACAUAGAUGAAAAAAAAUUAUUUUACCUUAUGUUACAUCCAUUGAUUCAAGAGUUCCACUAUCAUUAACUGAAAAAUAAAAUAUAUGUAAAAACAAUAAUAAAAAUUACUCAACUAAUAAAUUAAAUUCUUACAUUCUUCAACAGCUGUAAAACUAAUAACCCAACCAGUUCCACCAUUAUUUUUGCUCGUAUAAUACGACACAGAAACUUCAUUUGUUUCACUGCGAUAUCUAGCUGGUUUAUCCUGCAACAAACACACAAAUAUUAAUUCAAAAAAAAAAAAUUAAUACAACAUUAAGUAAGGAGCAAAUAAAUUAAUUGUUACUUACAUUACCACAAUAUGACAGAGUACGUUCAUUUUUAGGUUGUAUAAUUUCAACAAAAUCACUUGUACAAGCAUCAACAUUUGAUCCAAGAUCAAAAACAAUAAAAUCCAAUUGUAUUUUAAAACCUCUUGGUACACUUAAUUCCCAUACACAAUGACUUCUAUUACGAUAAUUCAUUGGAUACAUUGGUGAUGUAAAUCUACCAGCAUAAUUAUGAAUUUUACCACCACAACCACGUCCUUUAUCAGUUGAUGUAUAAAGUAUAUCAUAAUUUUCAUAAACAGCACCACGAUUUGAAUUUGAAUGUAAACUUAAUUUAUUUGUUUUACUAAAUAUUGGUGAUGGUAAUCCAACACCACAUACUGUUGCAAUAUUUUCAUCAUUAAAACUACCAUCAUAUAUUUUAAUAUAACUAUUUUCACAUGUAUCACGUCCAUAUAUAUUAAUUGAUUUAAAAUAUAAUGAUAUUGUAUAAUUAAUUGGUACUGUUAUUGUUAUCCAACAAUUUAUAAAACCUUGAUGUACUAUUCUUCCAUUUUCACUUGUAUAAUUUCUAUUACAAUCAGCAAUUGAUACAUCAAAUUUAAAUUUUCUUGGUUUAUUUGAAUUAUUAUUAUUUGUUUUUAAUAAUAUUUCAAUUUCAUUACCAUUACUAUAAUAAUCAUAAUUUUCAAUUUUUGAACAAAAUGAAAAUGAUGAUAAUGGUGAACGUUGAUAUGAUGAAAAUGGAAGUGAAUGAUAUUUACCACUAUAAAUAAAUUUUU